AUGUCGAUGCAAACUUCCGCUUCAGUUCCUGACCAGGAAGAUGAUGCCAUGCCAGACUUGCCCUCAAUGGGGCAAUUCAUAGCUACCAUGGAUAGGUCCAUUCAAUACUCCGAGCAGCUUCCCAAGACCUGCAGUAUAUGCUGGGAAGACUACAACUGGGACGAUAGCGUUGUGAUACGCCUUCCAUGCGACCACAUCUUCCACGAAGAAUGUUGUCUCAAUUGCGUGAAUUCAACACUUAGAAACCGCAACGCCUGCCCCAUGUGCCGGACAGUGUUCUGCCUCCACAACGUUUUGACGCUAGAACGAAAAGAUUCUAUGAGCGAUAGCGAAGAAGGGUACAGCAGUGAGAUCAUGGCGCCAUACGACCGGAUCCGCGAGGCUUAUCAUUGGAUUCAUGCUGCGGCCAACGACUUGUACGAGGAAGAAUUGUGGAAAGAGACUGGUAGUCCCGACUAUGUGUCCAUCAUACGCGAGACAAGGAUACAAUGGCAUCGAGAACAUCACCAUCAACCGUACGAGUUCAUCUGCGACGAGCAUGAAGAGGUCGGGGAUAGCUGGCUUGAGCUUGUCGUGGCUAAUCGUGUCCGAGAGAGGCUCAGCGAGGACGGUCUUGUGGACUCUUUGGAAGGCCAAGCGGUUGAAAGGAGACGCAAUCAGCUAGUGAGCUGGGUGAAUCAAAAUUCUGGCCCCGAGAGCGAGGUCUGGGUCCCUCAAAAUAUGCAAGAGUUUGAAGAGAGGGCCGCUGAGAGGGGCGCUGGGACAGCGGUGCAUGAUGAGCAUCGUCAGCAAGAACAACACGACGACGACCGUCAGGCUGACGAAGAUUCAGAGGAUCACGAGAGGUGGGCAUCUGCUCAUCCUCACGAGGACGAGGAAGGUUCAGAAGAGGGCGAAAUCCGAGAGCAAGCAACCAGGCAAGAGCCCUCUGAACUUCCCCAUCCUGAGAGCUUUGAACUUUCCGAUCCUGGAACAAGUCCAAUGGAUAGCGGUACAACGGAGUGCGCUACCAUAGCACAAAACGACGCUAUCCACCGACGUUUCCGGGAAGAACUAGGAGCACAGAUUGUCGUAGGAGCUUUGCCCGACGUAUACGAUUUUAGGCGCGCUGGAACACCACCCAAUCGAGAAGUACAGCGCCGUCGUUCCCGCUCUCAAUCUUCAUCCCCAUCCUCACCAUCUCCAUCGACAGACCCCCUCUUCCCCCUCCCCGCAGCCGCCUCACUAGCCGACCCACCUUCCCCACAGCCCACAGUCUCGCAACGAGAUGUGGCCAACACGCGCUCCUGGCUUAGAUCAGAGGGACACAUGAUCCUUUGCGAGAUGCACAACGUGGCCUCAGUUGUGUAUCGAGGCGAUCAUAAAUAUGAUGUGCGCGGUUUUGGAGGGGAUGAUAUGGGGGUUGUGAGGGAUGCGGAUGCGUAUCAUGUCGCGGGGUGGAUUACGAUUUUCUAUCGUUAUGGAGGGGAUAGUGGAGAUUUCGAUGGCUCCAGGGAACGGGUUCGGCGUGGUGUAUAG